GCCUUUUCGACGGCUGCUCGAUUUCCAUGGCGCUGUCUCUGUUAUACCUGAGAAACUCCGUUAAAGCCCCGGUCUCUCUCCGAUUUCAGUGCUUCUUCUUUACUUCGUCUUCCUCGUUCGAUUCCAAUGGCGGACUCUCCUCUACGUCAGCGUGGCCACUCGUUCUCGGUGGAAGACGCGGAAUCGGCGGACGGAAAACGCAGGUCCUGGCAGAUUACAGAGGUGGAGGAGAGCAGGUGCGACUUCCUUGUGGUAGCACUCUGUCCUUGCCAUUGAUUCCUAAUCAUGUGGUUCUGGAACGUAGAGUCUAUUCGGAAUUGCAUAUUAUGGAACUAGGUUCUAGAGGCUUCUGUAGCAGUUCUGAUGUUAGUGUAGAAUGUGACGAUGGUUCUGGGUCUGAAGAUGACAAUGAAGACGGUGAAGUUGAGGUCAAUCGUGUCGAUUCUUGUGCUGAUCGGAAAGAAGUAGAGAGAAUCGGCAAAGUGAUUGAUGAAAUGUUUGCAUUGGAUAGAAACAUGGAGGCUGUUCUAGACGGAAUGGCUAUAAAUUUGUCGCACGAUCUGGUGGUAGAGGUUUUAGAACGGUUUCGGCACGCUCGAAAGCCGGCAUUAAGGUUCUUCUGCUGGGCAGCAAAGAAGAAAGAGGGAUAUGCCCAUGAUUCAAGGACAUAUAAUUCUAUCAUUAGUAUAUUGGCAAAGGCUAAACAGUUUGAGACAGUGGUUUCGUUGCUAGAAGAGAUGGGCGCUCAAGGGCUACUGACGAUGGAUACGUUCACUAUUGUGAUUAAAGCAUUUGCUGCUGCAAAGGAGAGGAAGAAAGCCGUGGGGAUCGUCGAAUUGAUGAAGAAGUACGAAUUUGAAAUCGGUGUGGAAACGGUUAAUUGUUUGCUCGACAGUCUUGGAAGAGCCAAGCUUGGGAAGGAAGCUCAGGUCCUGUUUGAUAAGUUGAAAGAGAGGUUCACGCCCAACCUGAAGACUUACACUGUUCUGCUCAGUGGUUGGUACCGGGUGGAGAACCUGAUGGAAGCAGCUAGAACCUGGAACGAUAUGAUUGAUCGAGGGUUUAAACCUGACAUUGUAGCUCACAACAUUAUGCUCGAGGGGUUGUUUAGGAGCAGGAAGAGAUCUGAUGCGAUCAAGUUGUUUCACGUCAUGAAGUCCAAGGGUCCUUCCCCUAACGUUCGGAGUUACACGAUUAUGAUCCGUGACUUCUGCAAACAGUCAAAGAUGGAAACCGCGGUCGAGUAUUUCGACGAAAUGUCCGGUUCUGGGUUACAGCCCGAUACCGAUGUCUACACCUGUCUAAUAACGGGUUAUGGAACCUGCAAAAAGCUGGACACAGUUUACGAGUUACUCGAAGAGAUGCAAGAAAAAGGGUGUCUUCCGGACAGUAAAACAUACAAUGCUCUGAUCAAGAUACUGACCAGUCAGAAAAUGCCGGAACACGCCACCAGGAUCUACAACAAGAUGAUCGAGAACGGGAUCGAGCCGACGAUUCGCACGUUCAACAUGAUGAUGAAAUCCCACUUCCGGAAAAGGAACUACGAGAUGGGGAGAGGGGUGUGGGAGGAGAUGAUCGGGAAAGGGAUUUGCCCGGACGAGAACUCGUACAGUGUUCUCGUCACGGGGCUCGUGAGGGAAGGGAAGCCGAGAGAGGCGUGUGAAUAUCUGGAGGAAAUGCUUGACAAAGGAAUGAAAGUUCCUCAGAUUGAUUACAACAAACUUGCUGCUGAUUUUUACAGAGAUGGCAAAACGGAGAUAUUCAAGGAACUUUCUCUCAAGGCUAAGUUCUCUGGCAAGUUUGCAGCCUCUGAGAUCUUCUCUAGAUGGGCUCAGAUGACUCGGAGAUAGUUUAGAUAGAGAGAUUCAUGGAAAAUCUGUUGAACCAUUUAGAUGUUAUAUAUAUAUAUAUAUUUGAUGCAUAAAAAUAUAUAGAUUAUUAGCUAAAAGAGAAUGACGAGGAGC